AUGGUGCACCUGCGACCAGUGGCCGAAUCACUCAGGCUAGCAUCGCUGGCUGUCGUACAGGCAUUUUGGAUAUUUUGUGAAAACUCAUCGCUUCAUGGACUGCGCUACAUUGGCCGAUCGGGUGCAUCCCGAGCCAACUAUUUACUCCGGCUCAUUUGGGGUUUGUUCUCGCUGGUUGGACUUGGAUUUACGCUCAUGCUAACCUUUUCCGCAUGGGAGCAAUUCCGUUCAAACCCUACAAUCACCACCAUCGAAACGACCACAUAUCCCGUCUCGAUGAUUGCCUUCCCGUCGGUCACAUUGUGCAACAUCAACAAGAUACAUUCCGGGAAAGCCAAGGAACUUAGCAAAAGAUUGAUGGACCUUGGCAUGAGUGACAAUGACACGCAGGACCUUCUGUACGCCUUGCCCCGGCUCAACGAUUACCGACCGGUGGCGGAACGGAUGCUCCGGAUAGAGAACUUUCUGCGGGAGAAAGGAUACGAUACGGAGCGGCUUGCGUACGAGGUCGCCCCAACCUGUGAAUCGAUGCUGGUGCACUGCUUCUGGUUGAUGCAACCGGUGGCCUGCUCGAAGCUGUUUCGUCGCACGAAGAUGUUCGCCGGUUACUGUUGCUCUUUUAAUGCGGAUCCUUUCCUAGAACCAGUCAGUACGCGAUCGAAGGAGAGAGCCACUACCAAGAGCAUCUACGUGACCGGUAUCGGAAAAGGAGAAGGACUGUCCGUGUUGCUGGACAUUGGAGAAGCGUACUAUACUGCCUCGAACCGUUUUACCUACGGGAUUGAAGUGUUUGUGCAUCAAUCGUUCGAUUUCCCCGACGCAUCGGACUACACUGCCAUCGUCCUGCGUGGUAUGGAGACGGACGUUUCGGCGAUGCCCAUGAUAGUGUCCGCUAGUGCCGCUCUUCGUGAUGUGCCACUAGAGAUCCGCGGCUGUGCGUUUAGUAACGAGGGAAACAUGACCGAGGUACUGCCGUACACUUUCAGCAACUGUAUGAUCGAGUGCGAGCAACGGUAUAUUGCCAAGAUUUGCAAUUGCAUACCACUCUUCAAGCAAGUCGUGGAGCUGCAGGCGAGACUGCAGGUGCCUAUAUGUGGAUUCCGCGAUCUGCCGUGUCUGAUGGAGGUUAAGGAGCAUACGCUGUUCACUGCGGAAGCCAUGAACGUUACUACACAGGCAAAUUACAUACGGACGAACGUAAAGUGUCGCUGCUAUCCUGCCUGCAUGGUCGAGAAAAACGAGCUACUCUCUAUCACGAACACCAUAGCCAGUCCCAGACAGGACCAGUUCAUUCCGGAGUUCAAUUUUUCCGCCUACGGAUUGCUGCACGUGCACUUUCGAUCGACCAAUUGCCUAAAGUACCGCCGCGAACCGUUCCUCACGUGGAAAACGUUGGUGGCCACAUUCGGUGGCAUCUUUGGGCUCUGCAUGGGAGGAUCCAUCCUGAGUCUGGUCGAAAUGCUGUACCACUUCGGCAUCACCCCGUUCAUGGUGUACAGCGAGCUAAGGAAGAAGCUUUUGCCCACGACAGACACAGCGACAGCGGCUGCACCGAAAGGUACAACUGUUGUGCCUCUGGAUUAUCCUCGGCGGCCACCGAUCGGUUACUUCCGGCGCAGUGAGGUGUUGGCCCGGGAGAUGGGCUCGGCCGGCGCACGCACCGGAUGGUGGGAUGCCAUGGAUCAAAAGCCCACCCUUAGCCAGCGCUGGAAGCAACGGUACGUCGAUGAGAUCAACAUGAUGGCCUAG